UCUUCAGUUGACUGUGAAUGCCCUCAAACAGUCGAUCUGACAGCUGAGGUGGGCGCUUCAAAUGAAUCUUCAGGCGACGCUCAACCUCCCCCUUUCCUGAUGGAGGCCCACAUCUCCUGGCAGGAUUUUUGAAGCUGCCAAGCCGUCGCUGCCUGCCCUUUGUACGACAUGCCAUGCCUUCUCAACAGCAGCCACAGACCUGCCCCCUGGCCUGAGACCCUCUGUGUGAAACAUGAUGCCCUGGAGCUGCGAGACUCACAUAGAUUGGCUGCCAUUGGCCAUAAUAUCUGUCAGGCUGAUGAGAGUGACAGGGUGUGCCCGGCGUUUGGGGCAUUCACUUGCAGUUGGCACAAUGGACAGACCACUAAGUUUCGACAGAGCUGAGACCUUUUCUUUCAUUAAUCCUUGGAUUCGAUAUUUUCUGUUUUUCUUCAGCUUCUUAUUUUGGGUACUGUCCUUAGUUAUCAUUGCAAUCGGAGUGUAUGCCAAGAUCCAGAAGGCCACAGACACGGUUCGAGACACAUUUCUGGUUGACCCCGCUAUUAUCCUCAUAACUGUAGGAGUCGUAAUGUUUUUCAUCACAUUUUGUGGAUGCAUUGGAGCUUUGCGAGAAAACAUUAAACUCCUCAGAGUUUUCUCUGUUAGCCUGACUUUGGUGUUUUUAACUCAGGUGGCAAUUGCAGUGCUCGGAUUUUUCUAUUCUGAACAGAUCCCUGGAACAUUUGGGAAGUUUGUGAAGAAGGCAAUAGUCCACUACAGAGAUGACAUUGACCUGCAAAAUCUUAUUGAUUACAUUCAAAAGGAGUUCUUGUGCUGUGGCUGGAACAAUUUCACUGACUGGUCUCAGAAUUUGUAUUUUAAUUGCACCCUCGAAAACCCCAGCAGGGAGCGGUGUGGCGUGCCCUACUCCUGCUGUGCUGCAGUCCCUGGAGAGGUAGUGGUUAACACAAUGUGUGGGUUUGGCGUCCAAAAUCUCAAGUAUAUAGAAGCUGUCAAAUUUAUAUACCCAGAAGGAUGUGCUGAAAAAGCCACACACUGGAUGGAAACUCAUCUUCUGCUGGUGGGCGCCUUAGCCCUGGGCCUAGCUCUUCCACAGGUACUGUGUGUGUACACCUCAGCUUCUUAUCUUUGGUGUGUUUUUAAAAAAGUGGGCAGGGCUACUGUUGUCUAUCUAUCUGUCUGUCUACCAGACGUGACCCUUCCCCCCCAAAAAAUAUGCAAUUGGGGAGUGAUGGUAACUGAAGCCAUACAUGCAGUUCUUCACUCCCAACUGUCUGUUUUGUUUUUAUCUGAUUAGCAUAUUAGUCUUUUAGCUGGUACUACAUGCUAUUUUAAAGCUGCACUUUCUGAAAACUGACUGCCAAUUUUGGCUGGAAAUCUCAUCUCAUUGAUUAUGACCUAGCUGUUCACUGUUAAUUAAAAUAAAAAUCAAAUAUUAAAUGUACAGGAUUAGUAAGACAGUGGGCCAGAGUCCCCAAAAUGAUUCCACAUACAGUAUACUAAUUUGUGGCUUUUGUCUGACACACAUAUUUAACUUCUGAAGUUUGUUCCUGCUUUGCACCCUGUGUUGGCUGGGAUUGCCUACAGCAGACCCCUGUGACGCUGUGUUAGGAUGUAGCGGGUUGGAUAAUGACUGACUGACAAAUUUACCUUCACUUGAAUACAGAAUUAUAAAGGUCACGGACUUCUCUUGCCUUUCUCAUGUCUUUUUGUUUGUUGUCCCUGCAGAUUGCGGGAAUUGUUCUUUCUCAGAUCUUAAUAUCACAAAUACAAGACGAGAUAAGCUCAGUUAUAUGAAGAACGUCAUGCUGUGUGAAUCAUGGAUGCCAUCAUUUUUGAAGUUAGUUACCUUAUGACAAAGGCCCAGAGUUUAUGGAGUCAUAAUUUGUGGUUUGAAAAAACAUUUUUCUACAUUAAACAUUUUUAUAAAGAGAAGGACUUCAAAACAACAGAGGUGUGACAACAGAGUUACAAAAUCAAAGAUUGGUUGUUAUCAUAUAUUCGAAAACUUUUCAUAAACUAAGUGAUACACACUUAAGAGUUUUAAAAUGAAUAUACAUGUUUACUGUGUGCCAUCCGUUGGUCUUCUUGAUUGCUUAAUCACUGACAACAUCUUAAGGUAUGUGCAGAAAUGCAGCUACCAGAGGGUUGAGUGUUUGAGGAACAAAGAGCAGAAAAUACUUAGUUCACUUUGAAAAUGGCAUGGUAUUGGUUAUCAAAUACAUCAACACACUGCAGUAAUCAUAAACAGCAAUCUUGCUGCAACUUUCAAGAAAAUGGCUUACCAACCUUAAUCAUAAAAUAAUGGCAAUCCCGUAGUUACAAAGAGUACAGUAUUGCAAGGGCACAGGGUAACAGUCGGCUGUAUUUACUAAGCUAACAGCUAUGCCAGGGUGCACAAAGAGGCAUUACAGAAUGACUUCUCAUACCUUUUUAUAGAUGGUGUAGAACAUUCAUGACCCAACCUAAUUUCAUAUUUACUAGCAAAUAACAAGGAAAGAUACUUGGAGAGGGCUAAUAAAGACAAAACACCGCUGAAGGAAAGACAAAUGCCUCACAAGUCCAUGGGUCUAUUUUACAGGAUGUCAACCGUGCAGGCUGGUUUAGGCACAGUAAUGGCAUAGCUGAAUAUUUUCAUGGCACAGAUUUGGCUUCUCAAUAUGACAAAAGAAGCAACUGAAUGUCUCACGAUGUCUGAACACCGUUGUCUUGAAGAUGCAUCUCAUCAUGGUGGCAGCACUUCUACCUGUAAAUAAUUUUUUUCAUGCACAUUCCUGGCAUGAUUCUGGAGUGCUAAUGGUUGAGUUCAGCUUAAUGUGCCAUAUCAGCUUCCAGAGUCACCAGAGCUCAGUCCAAUCAGGCAUCAGUGGAAGAAGUGAAAAUGGCUUUUAGGAGAGCAGCUCGAGCGUAACUAGAGCACACAGUGGAGCUUAAAGUGGGCAGCAACCUUCAUCCAAACUCAGAAUGUGGCAGAAGACUUGCUGCAAACAACCUGCAGUGUUCCGAGUCUAAUUGGAGGACCAACUUGCUAUUUGGUAGUUGUAAUUAAAACGUGACCACUCAAAGUGUAUGUGUGUGUGUGUGUAUUGCAUAUAUAUUGUAUAUAAUAAGAAAACUGGACAUUGCUUUAUAUAUUGUUUAACAAAAUGCAAUU